UGACUUGGUCAUCGCGGCGGGAAUUCUGAGACUCCUGCUAAAAGAUGGAGUGCAAACUGUUUGUUGCACGAUUGAUGAGCCCCAUUGGGCAGAUAACCAUCGAGUCGUGUAUGAGAGGAGUGCAUAAGGUGGACCUACAGGAGCCAAAGAACUUUUCACCUGACAGCAGAUAUGAGGUUGAGCUUGUGGAUGGUUCAGCAGAAGAGCUGGUUAACAAGUGUGAGCCGCUUGGAAAGUGUGUGGACUGGAUCAAGGAUUAUUUCAAAGAUGCCUCUAGUGUGCGAGGCCUGAGCAAGCCUCCCCUUCACAUCACUAAGUACAAGGAAGGGUCAUUCACAGCUGCCGUACUUCACAACCUGGCUACCAAGGUCGAUGUAGGAGAGACUGUAUCGUAUGGCCAGCUGGCCACGAUGACGGGGAACGCGAGGGCGUCCCGUGCGGUGGGUGGGGCGAUGCGAGCCAACCAGACCCCUCUACUGGUGCCUUGUCACAGGGUGGUGAACAGUGAUGGCAGUGUGGGGAACUUCAUGUCAGGCAAGGGAAAUGUGUUGAAGGAGUGGCUACUACAACAUGAGGUCAAGGAGAGGUGAUUCUGACUGAAG